AAUGCUGUCACUCAGCAUACCAAGAUCUCACUGUGGACACUAAGGAAGAACUGCGCAUCAAAGGCAUUACAGAGUGUACAGGACCACGAACUUUUAUACAGUUUAAGAGAAGGACAACAUAAUGUGCGGAAUAUUUGCCUACCUGAAUUAUCAAGUGCCCCGCACAAGGAAGGAGGUCUUUGACACCUUGGUGAAAGGGCUCCAGAGGCUGGAAUACAGAGGAUAUGAUUCCGCUGGCAUUGCAGUGGAUAGUCCAGGCAAGACCACAAACAAGGAUGCAAACAGUAACAUCUGCCUCAUCAAGAAGAAGGGCAAGGUUAAGGCUCUGGAUGAGGCGCUCUACAAUGGAGACUCCAUGGACCUUCAGGAGGAGUUAGAGACCCACUUUGGUAUCGCUCACACUCGCUGGGCAACGCAUGGAGAACCCAGUCCCAUUAACAGCCAUCCUCACCGAUCUGACAAAAAUAAUGAGUUUGUAGUCAUCCACAAUGGAAUCAUCACCAACUACAAAGAAUUGAAGAAGUACCUGAACUCCAAAGGUUAUAAGUUUGAAUCGGAGACAGACACGGAGGUCAUCCCCAAACUGAUUAAAUAUGUCUAUGACAACAGGGAGAAGGAACAUUUGUCCUUUUCAACUCUGGUCGAACGAGUUAUUCAACAGUUGGAAGGCGCCUUUGCUCUUGUCUUCAAAAGCAGCCACUUUCCAGGGGAGGCUGUGGCCACCAGGAGGGGAAGCCCACUGCUGAUUGGUGUACGGAGCCAGUUUGAGCUGCCCUCUGAGCACAUCCCCAUUCAGUACAACAGUGCUCCGUACUUCUCUGUCCUGCAUGAUGGGCCCAAGGCCUCUAGGGGCCCUGGGACUCUGAGUGAGCUGGAGCCCAUAGCACGUAUUCAAGAAGGAGUUCAGGAGAGGAAUAGUCGGAACAAGACAGACUCUGUAGUGGAACAGCAGGAAGUUGUGGGUGGGAAGGCUGUCGAAUACUACUUUGCCUCAGAUGCCAGUGCCAUCAUUGAGCACACCAACAAAGUGAUCUACUUGGAGGAUGACGACAUCGCAGCUGUGAUCAAGGGGAACCUGUCUCUGCACCGUAUGAACCGGCAAACAGGAGAUUCCCCCUCGCGGGCCAUCCAGACCCUGCAGAUGGAACUGCAGCAGAUCAUGAAAGGUAACUUUGAAGCUUUCAUGCAGAAGGAGAUCUUUGAGCAGCCAGAGUCCGUGGUGAACACGAUGAGGGGCCGGAUCUCCUUUGAUGGCAGCAAAGUGAUCCUGGGAGGCCUGAAAGAUCACCUGAAAGAGAUCAAGCGCUGCAGGAGACUCAUCAUGAUCGGCUGUGGCACUAGCUUUCAUGCAGCUGUGGCGACCAGGCAGAUCCUGGAGGAGCUGACAGAACUUCCAGUUAUGGUGGAGCUAGCCAGCGACUUCCUGGACCGAUACACACCUGUCUUCAGGGAUGAUGUUUGCUUCUUCAUCAGCCAAUCGGGUGAGACGGCUGACACACUCAUGGCACUUCGGUACUGUAAGGACAGGGGAGCUUUAACCGUGGGCAUUACCAACACAGUGGGCAGUUCCAUCUCACGAGAGACAGACUGUGGUGUGCACAUCAAUGCUGGGCCAGAGAUUGGCGUGGCCAGCACAAAGGCAUAUACCAGUCAGUUUGUGGCCAUCAUUAUGUUUGGUCUGAUGAUGAGCGAGGACAGAAUCUCAAUGCAGAAGAGGAGAGAGGAAAUCAUCAUUGGGCUCAAAGAUCUCCCAGACAUGAUUAAGAAAGUGCUGGAACUGGAUGGAAAGAUCAAGGGCAUUGCACAGGAACUCUACCAGCAAAAAUCCCUGUUGGUCAUGGGUCGAGGCUUCAACUACGCCACCUGCCUAGAGGGGGCACUGAAAAUAAAGGAGAUCACCUACAUGCAUUCAGAGGGCAUCCUGGCUGGAGAGCUGAAGCAUGGGCCACUCGCUCUGAUCGACAAGGACAUGCCGGUCAUCAUGGUCAUCAUGAGGGAUGCUUGUUACACCAAGUGCCAAAAUGCCUUACAACAGGUCACUGCCAGACAAGGACGACCGAUCCUCAUCUGCUCCGAGGAUGACCCAGAGACCAUAAAGUACGCCUACCAGACCAUUGGGCUGCCCCACACGGUGGACUGCCUGCAGGGCGUCCUCAGCGUCAUCCCCCUGCAGCUUAUGUCCUUCCACCUGGCUGUGCUCCGGGGAUUUGAUGUGGACUGUCCCAGGAAUCUGGCCAAAUCCGUCACUGUGGAGUAAAACAGAGCAAUCGGGGAUCUGGAGGAGUCUUCCAGUACAUAGUGCAAUUAAGUGUGUGUCUAUGUGUACGAAGGUGUGUGUGUGUGUGUGUGUGAGAGAGAGAGAGAGAGAGAGAGAGAGAGAGAGAGAGAGAGAGAGAGAGAGAGAGCAGGGAUAGGGAAUUGUGAAGGUGAGAUGGGGACAUGAGCAGUGAAGCAUGAGCAGCUGUGUACUGUAUGUGUAUGUGUAUGUGUAUUUGUAUAUGGGUGGGUUAUUGUGGGGAUACUGUAUGUUUAUCAAACUGAAAUGUGAAACUCCACUUUGAAUGAAAGAACUCUGAAUGGAGAACACAUCUUAAUACUGAUAGUCACUUUUAAGAAGUUGCUUUUUAUCCCAAAGGAAUUAUAUAGUUUACACAAGGCAGUUCUCAAGUAUUUUGCAACCAAUCUUAUUACAUAAUGAGCCAGAGGAAAGCGUUUUGACGUGCUCACAUGGUGAUCUGAAGUACUUGUUAAUGUGCAAUAUUGUCUGACAUGGGAAGUUAGUGGCCCAGAGGUGAUGUCUCUCAUAUGAAGGUAAGAUAUACAUAAAUGCAUUCCAUUCUGUUAAACAUAUUCUGUACGAUAAAUUGCAUACACGUACACGACAAAAGUUUAUUUCAUGUGUUAGAAGUUGAUAUCAGGCACCCUGACAAUGGUCAUUUGCAAGCUUUCACUGAAGAUGUGUUAGCCUCCUCUCCAGAAUUUGUGAACAGAUCAGUUGAUUCAAAUCAUAGAAUAGUUUUCUUAACAGAUGGCACAAGGGUAUCGGCUAUGAUUUGUGUAAAGCUUUAUUACUCUCAAAGAGUUAAAGCUCUUAUAUGGUUUAUCAGGUGAUUGUGACUGUCCUAUCCAUGGGGAUCAAUCAGUAGGCCUAACUUCCAUAUCACUGGUCUAUAAUUGUUUCUUUUUAGGUGAAUCUUAUUGUAAGAUCAAAUUGCUAUUUUUAUUAUGUAUUUAUAUUUAAAAAAGUAAACUUUUUAUUUGGUGAUACAGUUGUAGAGUCAGAGUGGGACAAUCAUUAACUUUGCGAUGUGUCUUUCUGUAAUGUAGUGUGUAAUAAUUAAAUAAAAAAUGUCAAGAAGAAUUCUGAAAAA